CGCUCAAAUGUGUCCUCCGCGGAGACCGUGGGGUUGAUUACGAGAAGGUCUGAAUUAAGCAGGUUAUGGAAAACGUAACUUCAGUGACGGACAGAUUCGUCCAAAGAGAAUAAACAGACCCACUGAGUAAGCACUAUAUUGGAAAAGGAUGGCGUCCCCUUCACCCCAUGACCGCAGCCGUAAAGACGAUGAUGAGGAUGACCCUGUUGAACAGAUGAUCUCCCGCACUGGCUGUGCUGAGCUGCACUAUGCUGUGCAGGAGUGCAUGGCUGAACACCAGGACUGGCGUGUGUGCAAGAGCCAGGUGCAGACGUUCAAAGACUGCAUGAUGAAUUUCCAAAUUGCACGGAAGGAACAGCUUAUGAAGCAGCGGCAGCAGCAGCAGCCAGCCUCCACUGAGUCUGCACCCAGCUGAACUCACAUCACCCCCUGAAAAGACUGUACAGAACUUAAUUAUUGUUCAAAAAAUAAAGUAUGAUCAGCUACAAAAAAAUCUUGAUUGGACUUUUAAGUGUGUGUGUGUGUGUGUGUGUGUGUGUGUGUGUGUGUGUGUGUGUGUGUGUGUGUGUGUGUGUGUGUGUGUGUGUGUGUGUGAUAAGUGAAAUGGGGGUACAGAAAUGCCAAAGACAUGUUUGAGGUCAUUUAGAAAUCGUGUCUCUUAUAUAGUUUAUCCAAAAGAGACAUGUGGAAAGUUAAUGUUUCAAUUGUAAAUGUUGCACUCAGUACAUAUCUUUGUCACUACUGUAUUGUCUAAUUUAAGGAAUUCUUAAGGGACAAAAAUGUUUAUGUUUAUGAUUCAUAUUUAUAUAUCGAUCUAUAUAUAAAGCUAGAUAUAUAAACAGAAAUGCAUUUAUACAACUUUUUUUUAUUGAAUAUUGAUCUACCUAAUAAAUCACAA